AUGAGGACUCUCGUCUGCCAGCUUUGCUGCAGCCUCUUAUGCCAGCCAAUAUCUGGUAUUACCGUAUUCAUGGGCUCAUUGCUUUCCCCCUCCUCAGUCUUUUGCUGCUUUGAUAUCACGCAUAAUAUAAUCGCUGGGCGAUCCACUCCACACCCCGACUGCCCUGACUGGGACCAUCUUGGUCGCCACGACCUCCAAGCUGUCAGUGGCAUCCGAGGUUCUGAGUCCCUCAACCACAAGUCCAACUCCAACCACAGCAAUGAGCAUCCCCGUACCCUGUCCACACUGGUCGGCUGUAGCAGUGACUCUGCCAACUGCCAUCCACACUGCUCGCCCAUCACCUACCGGGCGUACUCCCUGUACUCUCCGACUUUCGCCCACACCUACCUCAGCUGGACGGUGUACCUGCCGGACAGGCUGCGGGAGUCACUUCAAAAGCUGUGCAAUGACAUGAUAAAGUAUAAAUGCUCCGAUGGCAAAUCCCUCUACUCAUGUUCCACUGCCCUGCCCCUCCUCUACUUACACGGGUUCACGCCGCCGGAGGGCACAUCGCAGGUGUCACUCAAGUGCUCUGAUGUUAUAACUAAGCUGAAGGAAAUUGUCAACGGUGGCCCUAUCGCAUCACUCAUGACCUGCAUGGACUAUUUCCUCUACGGUAUCCGGGAGCCAUUCAUCUUCAGUCUCGUGGCACUCUGGUCCACCGCAUUCCUCAUCUUCGCCAACACAAUGUUGUACCGCCUGGACAUACUCCACAUCCGAUCACACCUCAUCCGCUCCAAGGCCUCGCACCGCAUCGACGUCAAGGCCUUACUCACCAAAGGCCGGAAGAUGCUUUCACUUUACAAAGACGUCGACUACUUCGACGAGGACCCUAUUGGCCAAAUUGGCAUUGUACAGUAG